AUGGAGCAGAAGAAGCUCACAGCCGUGAAAAGCGUACUAAAGCCACAUCAAGUUCAUGACUAUGAACAAGAAUUUGUGGAAAAGGUCAAAAAGAUUGUCCCCUUGGUUCGCGAUUGCUACGAUUUUUACCAUGAUGCUGAUGACAAUAUGUUGGCAUGGUUAUUCACUAUUGAUGGAAUGUUCUUGAUUGAUCUGUUAAAUGCUUAUUCAAAUCAAGAUUUUGCUGUGAAAAUAAAUGAUUUGAUCAUGUUAGAGAACCAGAUUCCACUUAUUGUGUUGAAGCAAAUCCAGAAGGCCUUAUUGGGUCAAGAAGAUAUCUUGGAAUCCAAUUUUCGAUUUUUCUGUAAGUCAAGCUCAUCAUUUGUUCUUUUCGAAGAGUAUAUCGAUUUUAAUCGAGUUAACCACCUACUUGAUUAUAUGUAUAAAUCCAUUGUGAACAAUGAGAGAUUGAUCCCAAGAAAAGUAGAGUUCACAAAUUCUGGAAAGGAGCCAUCUGAAAAGGAUGCAAAGCUGGAACUACUAGAAGCUAUUAUCAGAUUUGCAGGAGUGAUACCUGGGGCUCAAUCUUUUCAACAAUUCAUACAGAAAAAGUUAUCUCAAAACGAAAAAACUACAGCUGAAGAGAUUAAGGUGCCUUCAGUUUCUGAACUUCACAAAGUUGCGGGCGUGGAGUUCCGUUUGUCACCUAAAAAUGAAGGCAUCAGAAACAUAAACUUUGUCCAAGGAAAAGUGCGGUAUUGUUAUCUCUCUCUAAUGACUCUUAAUAGAGAUUCAGAGGUUGUACUGAGAAACUUGGUGGCUUAUGAGAAACUAAUGGCAAAUUACAGUUUUAUGGGUGAAUAUGGUCUUGAGCUCACUGAAUAUGUAGAUUUCAUGUGUGGGAUAAUCGACUGCGCCAAGGACGUGAAGUUGCUACGCGAGCAGAAAAUCAUUGAAGGCGAUUUAAGUGAUGAGGAGAUUGUUAAAUUGUUUAACGGGAUAGGGAAAUCGCGUCUAAAAUUGAGAGGCGAAUCUGAGUUGAGGAAGACAGUGGCUCAAUUAAACAUGGUUUACGAAAGCACCCCAAGGAUUCGGGUUCAAAGGAUGAUUGAGAAGCAGUUUCUGGUCUGGGCCAAGUUUCUCACGUUCCUCGUUAGCAUUUCGAGCGCGGUGAUCUUCAUUCGUGAGGUAUAUUUGAUGGUUCAUGGUUUGAAUCCAUCCAACAUGAUGUUGGCUCGUAUUCUUCGGGCCAGAUUCAGUGGUUUACUCCUUUUUUUCUUUGGUCCAAGGGGACCGAGGGCAGUUGUCUAA